ACUACAGGAGGAUCCUACAGGAAUAUACUACAGUAGGAUCCUACAGGAAGAUACUACAGGAGGAUCCUACAGGAAGAUCCUACAGGAAGAUCCUACAGGAGGAUCCUACAGGAAGAUACUACAGGAAGAUACUACAGGAGGAUCCUACAGGAAGAUCCUACAGGAAGAUACUACAGGAGGAUCCUACAGGAAGAUCCUACAGGAAGAUACUACAGGAGGAUCCUACAGGAAGAUACUACAGGAGGAUCCUACAGGAAGAUACUACAGGAGGAUCCUACAGGAGGAUCCUACAGGAAGAUACUACAGGAGGAUACUACAGGAAGAUCCUACAGGAAGAUACUACAGGAAGAUACUACAGGAGGGGCACUGAGCCUGACACUCUCUAGCUGUGAUCCUGACAAAGCUCAUGUAAUGUGGGUCGCUGAACAGAUCCGUGUUUCAGUGGCCAAAAACAACCUUCUGUUGCCAAUAGCGGAGUACAGCCUCCGCAUCUCAGACAUCAUGUUGGGAGAAAGAACACCUCGGGAGAACGGAAGGAAAACGAUCUCUGUGUGUCCUAACAUCAUCACUCCGAAUACAAUCCCAGAGUUCUGCAUCCCACCAAAGAUCUCGCCACAGCAGGAGCUAAAGACGGUGGACUGGAGUAAAACUAGCCCUGUUGGAAAGGUGUCCUUUUCACCUGAGAAGGGCAGCAGCCCGGAGAGGGAGGUAGCAGUGAGAGAACCCUUCAUCAACACUCAUCCGACCCUCAUCCAGGUAGAGAGCGUGGACGAGACUCCAUACGACCAGGGCUUCAGUGAUGAGGAGAGUACCAACGCCGACCCCCAGAGCCAAGCAGCUCUCUCCCUGCCCCACCUGGCCAAGGCCCAGACCUGCUACGGUUUCUGUACCCUCCUGGAGAGCCCCCACACCCGGAGAAAAGAGUCUCUGUUCCACAGCCACCCCAACGCCUGCCCCCUCCCCCUGAUCGCUGCCUCUCCCGGGCCUCGCGGCCGCUCCAAAACCUACUCCUCCAGAACCUCAUCUCUACCCCACUCCCAGUCAUCCUCCUUCAGCCUCACCAAGCUGACCUCCGGCAGGCUGUCUCCGGGAGGCUCCAGGCUGGUGGCUCUCCAGAGACAGAGCACCCUGGACAGUGACACCGCCUCCUCCGCCGAGUCUUCCCCCUUCAGCUCCCCUCUCCUGGCCAGGCCGCCUCCCAAGUCCUCCCUGCUCAAAGUCCUGAGCCACGACAGACUGCUGUCCCGGACUAUGAGGAAAGCUGUGCUCUCCAGAAACAACUCUCUGUCCACGGAUGAAGGCAGCUCCACGGACAACAGCCCCAAUAUCAUCCGGAGAGCCUCUGAUGCUGGAUUAGUAGAACCCCUUCCAGGUGCCUUCACCCUGGCUCCCCCUGCCAUCUUCCCCAUAGACCUCGUCCUCCACAGAGAGAGGGUCAUGAAGGAGAGUCUAGCUCCUGUAGGUAGAGAGGGGGCACUACGGCUCUCAGCAGAGUACUGCCUAGACAACCAGAGACUCAGAGUGAGGUUGAUCAGUGCUGAGGGACUGUAUGCUAUCGCUGUGGAUCCUAAGAGCAUCAACUGCAGCAUCGGUAUCUGUCUGUUACCGGGGAAGAUUCAGAAGCAACGCAGCGCGGUGAUUAAGAGGAGCAGGAACCCCCUCUUCAAAGAGGAUUUCUUCUUCUAUGGUAUCUCACAGGAAGAUAUCUGCUGUCGGUCGCUGCGGUUCAAAGUUGUCAACAAAAUGUCCUCCAUGAAAAGGGACUAUAUUUUGGGAGACUGUGAGAUUUUGCUGAAACGUUUAUUAUCUAUGUAGAAAUGGUUUAUUUGCAAGUCAGUUCAAGAAGAAAUUACUUUCAAAGAUGGCCUAGGAACAGUGGGUUAACUGGCCUAGGAUCAGUGGGUUAACUGCCUGUUCAGGGGCAGAACAACAGAUUUGUACCUUGUCAGCUCAGGGGUUUGAACUUGCAACCUUCUGGUUACUAGUCCAACGCUCUAACCACUAGGCUACCCUGCAGCCCCUCCACUCUAACCACUAGGAUACCCUG